AGUAAAGCGUCGUGUAAGCGUUGAGUGUGACCCGGCUGAUAGAGAGGACGGGGACGGGUUUAAGCACAGUUGAAGAUGGCGGCUCUGCGAGCGGUGCUGUUGUCAGGGUGCGGGAGGAGCCUCCUCGGUACCCCGAAAACCAGCCACACUUCCCGGGCCAGCAUUUCCUUCGCCAGCCUGUCCCGUGGGAGGAAGGUGGCGCUCUCCACGCUGGGCGUGCUCGCCGCGGGGGGAGCUAGCUUGGCCCUUGCUCUUCACCAUUCUGUCAAAGCCUCCGAGCUGGAGCUCCAUCCUCCCAACUACCCCUGGAGCCACGGCGGCAUGCUGUCCUCGCUCGACCAUGCUAGUGUCCGCCGUGGUUAUCAGGUGUACAAACAGGUGUGUGCAGCCUGCCACAGCAUGGAGUACCUGGCCUUCCGUAAUCUGGUUGGGGUGUCGCACACAGAGGCUGAGGUGAAGGCUCUGGCUGAAGAGGUUGAAGUCGUGGACGGUCCCGACGACAAUGGAGAGAUGUUCACCCGUCCUGGCAAGCUUUCUGAUUAUUUCCCCAAACCGUACCCCAACCCCGAGGCUGCCAGAGCAGCCAACAAUGGAGCUCUGCCUCCUGAUCUCAGCUACAUCGUCAAUGCCAGGCACGGCGGUGAGGAUUAUGUCUUUUCCUUGCUGACUGGGUACUGCGACCCCCCAGCGGGAGUGUCUCUCCUGGAGGGCGUCUACUACAACCCCUACUUCCCGGGACAGGCCAUCGGAAUGGCGCCCCCCAUUUACAACGAGGUCUUGGAGUAUGAUGAUGGUACCCCAGCUACCAUGAGUCAAGUAGCUAAAGACGUGUGUACUUUCCUGCGCUGGGCUGCAGAGCCCGAACACGACCAGCGCAAGCGCAUGGGGCUGAAGCUGAUCAUGGGUUCCGCUAUCCUCGUGCCCCUGGUGUACUAUCUGAAGAGACACCGAUGGUCAGUGUUGAAGAGCAGAAAGAUUGCCUACAGGCCCCCUAAGUAACCUGCACCCUCCAAGCUGCUUCCCCUUACUCCAGCUCAGACGGAGCACAUUUCCAGUUAAAAGCGCUGGGGUUCAAACAUUUUUUUUUUUUUUUAAUUUUCCAAACAAACAAAGUAGAAAUCAGUAGUGGAAGGUAGUUUUGUCUGCAUGUGUUUUCAAGGCAACGGCCUUUCCCCUCUGUUGCUGCUACACAUCCCCGUGACAAACAGACACACGCCUUGGUUAAAGAACAUAUGUUUUACUGUCAAAUAACAGUAACGUCUUUUAAGAAAAAAGGAAACCAUAUGAAAUGUUUUGCAUUCGUUAUUUUGGGAAGAUGACUGCUCCAGCUACUGCCGGGUAACGCAGUAAUCUCAAUUCAUCUGUCCACUGGUGUGAGCUGUGGUUGCUGUAUCUUAAAGGUUCUGUACACUUUUUGUGUAAAUAUUUAAAAAAAAGAAAUAAACUGAUGUGCACAAUAAAAUGCAAAAGCAAUCCUAA